AUGCCUUCCUCUGUCCCUGUCAUUCAAGCCGUAAAGACCAUAACCAAACGCGGAGUUAUCGAGGUCAAAAACAGCAUAGGAGACUGUCUUGGUUAUAUUUCCAAGAAUUCUCUUAGCAAAGCCCAGCUCCAAUAUGAGUCUGCCAUCGAGAACGCCACCACCGUUACUUUCGUCAUCCAGGAAUCCUUGAUCUCAGCUUCACAAGUCCGGAUCACCAUGGAGGACCCGGAUGAGAUCGGUUUCCCUCUCCUUGGACUGUUGCAGGCUGCUAAUGACACAAGCGUUGAUACUGUUUUGGAAUCUUACAAUUUCCUUUAUCUAACGGGAAUUGCUCAGCCAGGAUCGGUCGCUGGCGCUGUCCCGGCUAAUAUCUCCAACGCCUACACUAACGCGACGACUUCAGUUAGAGCACCAGAGUCCGAUGUUUGGACCAUCAACCUCACUACAGGCAACCUCUUGCCUCAAUGGAUCAACUCCAACGGCUGUAAACUCGGUGCUCACCCUCACAUCUUGCAAGCACUCAAAUGUCUCUUCAUUGAAAGACCGACAUCGCAUCAGCAACGACCCUCCGUGACGUUGAACUCAGAUCGUUUGCACUGGCUCUGUAUCGCCAACACCGCUCUCAUGAUUUUGAGGAGGAAUGACGAGGACGAACGAGCAGAAGUUGGGCAAGUCCAUUGUGACAGGGCAGGUGCAUCCCGUGGAUUUGAAACGCGAGAUACUCUUCACCACAGCAAAACUCUCGGUUUCAACCACCACGACGUUGCCGAUAACAUCGCCAUGACACGUCCACUCAUUCGCUAUUCUCGCGACCUUUCAAGGAGUCAACCCGACCGAAUCCAAGCUGAGGAUUCACGAGUUGUCUGGCAGAACUGCGUACCCCAUGUAGCCCACUUCCUCCCCUCAAAUCAACCGCUCGACAGCCUAGACCCCCCUCCCUCAAAUGCAUACGGCACACUCAUCGUCAUCUUCACCUUCCCCCUCACGGCAUACCAAGGCAUCGCAAACCCGAAGAGUCGACGUUUAUCCCCAGAUCGAGGAUCCGCUGUCGCAAGGGACAUGUUGAACGCUCGAAGGACCGAAAGACUGACGCGUGGAGAUGUUUGUGUUGAAUUUGUGCGCGUUGGGGAGGUGUUGGGUGGUCAAUGUGGUUUUGGGGGUUGUGUGGAGAGGGAGGUCACCGGCGCAGUGGAGGAUGAGGAGCCGAAGGGUGAGAAAAUCUCCGCCACUAGUGCUGUGGACAUUAUAUGCGUGAUUUACAAUGACGAGAAUCAAGAUCGUCGUGAUAGAGAUCAACAUUGCUUUACCUCCUCCCAAAAUCUUAACCCUCAGCACCUCCUCCCCUCAGCACUCCGCGCUCGUACUUCAGCUGGUGACAGUUCUACUCCAUCACACCCCUCAACCAACUUCUCCGGGAUUGAAAGAGAACCCAACGUAUGGGCCCGUAUCGAGUUCUCGAAUAGGCGACAAGGCAACUCUAAAAGCCUCUCCUUCCGAAGGUCCGACACCAUCUGUUCCGCUGCCCACGUAUUAGCAGGCACCCUCGACCACUUCAUCUUCUCUCCUUCCGCGAUGAACUCAUCGAUCCGUCGUUGCAUCUUGGUUGGAGAGAGCAACAGGCGAUCGAAUGCGUUUUGGCAUUUCGAUGCUUUGGUGGACUGGAGUGUCUCGGAGGCCUUUUAUCCCUCAGUGUUGUUUCCGGGCGCGGUUCAUCAACAAAAGCCUUUCGCCACGAUGCUGAGUGGAAGGAGAGGGGAACGGGACACUGAUGAAAGAGCGGUUGGUGUCCUUGAACUGUUCCCACAUCGAAGGGGGUUGUGCCUGUGGCGCAGAGGAGGAGCGUCAUCAUGUGUUGCACGAAUCGAGCCGGCCGUCGAGCACGGAUUUAAGAUUGAAGCAAUGGCCGACGAGUGCACGAGCAGCGCCAAGGGCGAUGGUGACGACGAGCUCGUGGUGACGGUUAAGAUCAAGAUCAACGUUCAAAUUUCAAAGCUUGCCCACGGCCGAUUAUUUGAACAUUUCUACCUGAAUUCGACAUACUUAAGUAUCACCCUCCCGCAAACUUUACAGCUUCCUCGAAUGUCCUUCUCCCAUUCAACGGGUCACCAGGUCUCUUUGGCCACCCAGAUUCUCCACUCCCAGAAGAUUCCCUCCCCGGACCGGUCCGACCGGAACGCCCAGCCGCUCAUUCCUCCCUCGAUCGACGACACAACCAAAUACACCCACGACGGCUCAGCCUCCUGGCAUUCAACAUUCAACCCACUCACUCCUACACCUCCUAGUCAACAUCGGCUACUCAUCCUCCCCUGCGCCUGCGACCUCCCUCUCCGCAAAACCCCCAAAACCGCGUUGACCACCCAACACCGGCUCAACGCACACAGAUUCAACACAAUCAUCUCCACGCCGGAUCCUCGAUCUGGGGAUAAACGUCGACUCUUCGAGUUUGCGAUGCCUUGGUAUGCGGUGAGGGGGAAGGAGAAAAUGACGAUGGAGUAUGCCAUUAACUGCUUGAUGUGGCGUGAGGGUAUUGUGCAUACCCUGCGGUUUACAUGCCUGAGCGGCGUUGGCCCAAGGGUUAUGUGCCGCUCGCAGUCCAUCGUUACAUGCUUCGACGGAAAUGGAAACCGAACGUAUUUAACGACAGAAUUAACUGUUGCACUCACCUCUGCCCCGACAUACGACUCUCAACUCAAUGUUGAUGUGGAGCGCAUCAAGCUGCCGGGAUAUACCACCACCACGAGGGAUCCAGGGAAGGAGACACCAACGGUUGUGCAGUUCUGCGAGUUAACAACACUCAGACGAGAAGGUCCGAACGAGCCGACGCCUCACGCUGCCGACUCCAUGGUUGGUCGUUCUCUCGCUCUGUUCGUCCAUCUCCACCACCUCUCCACCAACUCCGGCGUUGCAUACUCGAUCAUGGCCUCAUGA